AUUUAUUUACUAUCAUAUAUUUUUACUGAUUUUUACAAACAAUGUCAUAUCUUUUGAUCAAGAUCAAGUGACAGAAUGCUGAUGCCGCUAAAUUUAUCAAGAAGAUUUUUUGUACAUAACCAAACUUUUAAAUGACCUAACACCUAACCUGAUUUAUUGUUGAUUCUAGGCUUUUCUGCAGACUUUUUUACUUAAAAUCUCUUAAAAAUGGGUAAAGCCAAGAAAACGAGAAAGAUUGCCGUCAAAAGAUUCGCAAAGAUGAAAAAUAUGAUCAGCCCUAGUGAUGCUCGAAUUAAAGCUAGCUUGCGAGCUCCUCCAAGAAAGAAAAAAGCUGAGGAUCCCCACCAAAUUAAAGUGCGUGAAGCCCCGCAAGUCAGUUCAGCUCUAUUUUUCCAAUAUAACACGCAGUUGGGGCCUCCAUACCACAUUUUAAUUGAUACAAAUUUUAUUAAUUUUUCGAUUAAGAAUAAAUUGGAUAUCAUUCAAAAUAUGAUGGAUUGUCUGUAUGCUAAAUGCAUUCCAUAUAUUACUGAUUGUGUAUUAGGAGAACUGGAGAAAUUAGGACAGAAAUUUAAAGUUGCUUUGCGUAUUAUAAAAGACCCAAGAUUCGAGAGGAUUCACUGUUUGCAUAAAGGGACUUAUGCUGAUGACUGUUUAGUACAAAGAGUUACACAACAUAAAUGUUAUAUAGUUGCAACAAAUGAUAAGGACUUGAAAAGGAGAAUUAGAAAAAUUCCUGGUGUUCCGAUAAUGUACGUAUCACAGCAUCGCUAUACAAUUGAGAGAAUGCCUGAUGCUUUUGGUGCUCCCAAAACAUAGUUGUAAAGUGUAUUUGUUAAAUGUAUAUUAACUUA